ACUCUCGCUCUCGCUCUCGCGUUCGCAUCGCAUCGGAUUCUCUCGUCUUCUCGACUUCCGUCUCGCGCUCGCUUCGAUCCGCAAAUGGGGAAGGUCAAGAUCGGGAUCAACGGUUUCGGCAGGAUCGGCCGCCUGGUGGCCAGGGUGGCGCUCCAGAGGGACGACGUCGAGCUCGUCGCCGUCAACGACCCCUUCAUCACCACCGACUACAUGAACUAUAUGUUCAAGUACGACAGUGUUCAUGGUCAAUGGAAGCACCACGAGCUCAAGGUCCAGGACUCGAACACCCUUCUCUUUGGCGAGAAGCCAGUCGCUGUCUUUGGUUUUAGAAACCCUGAGGAGAUCCCAUGGGGUGAGACUGGGGCCGAAUUCAUUGUUGAAUCCACUGGAGUUUUCACCGAUAAGGAGAAAGCUGCAGCCCACUUGAAGGGUGGUGCCAAGAAGGUUGUCAUUUCUGCCCCUAGCAAGGAUGCUCCCAUGUUUGUUGUGGGUGUCAAUGAGAAGGAAUACACACCUGACCUCGACAUUGUCUCCAAUGCUAGCUGCACUACCAACUGCCUUGCUCCACUGGCCAAGGUCAUCAAUGACAGAUUUGGUAUCGUUGAGGGUCUUAUGACCACUGUCCAUUCCAUCACUGCCACUCAGAAGACUGUUGAUGGACCAUCGAUGAAGGACUGGAGAGGUGGCAGAGCUGCUUCUUUUAACAUUAUCCCAAGUAGCACUGGAGCUGCCAAGGCUGUUGGGAAAGUGCUUCCAGCGCUAAACGGGAAGUUGACUGGAAUGGCUUUCCGUGUGCCUACUGUUGAUGUCUCAGUGGUUGACCUUACCGUGAGACUUGAGAAGGCUGCUUCUUAUGACGAAAUCAAGGAGGCAAUCAAGGAGGAAUCUGAGGGCAACUUGAAGGGAAUUCUUGGUUACACUGACGAGGAUGUUGUAUCGACUGACUUUGUAGGCGACAACAGGUCAAGUAUCUUCGAUGCCAAGGCUGGAAUUGCUCUGAGCUCUAACUUCGUGAAGCUUGUCUCUUGGUAUGACAAUGAAUGGGGUUACAGCUCCCGUGUUAUUGACUUGAUCUGCCACAUGGCCUCCACUAUGUGAGCAUUUCUGGACUGACUUGGAUCUCGUUAGAGGAUUUUCUUCUUCCGGCGCUCUUUCAUUUUUUGAUGGAGCUCAUGCAUUUUUAAGGUUUAGAGAGAGAUUUUUGGAAUAAUUUGAGUUCUUUCUAUUAAUUAUGGCACCAAUGUCACCAGUCUUAUGAGAAACUUAUGUUCCCGUCCUUUAUUCUCCAAGCAAUAUGAAUGGAGUUAUUGUGCCGGUUGUCAAUUUGGCGAUGA